GCUCUGACACACCUCCCACCUGCCCAGGGCACACGUCAUCAUCGGUGCCACCCCAGGAUGGAGGCCGCCGGGCCAGAGCGCCUGGACAGCAGAGGCUCCCCCUUCCCGGGCACAACAGGAGCCAGCCUCUCCUGGGACAAUGGCACCAGACACAACAUCACCUUCCCGGAGCCACUGCCAGCCCUCUACGUGCUCCUGCCAGUGGUGUACUCCCUCAUCUGCGCCGUGGGGCUGAUGGGCAACACGGCCGUCAUCUGCGUGAUCCUGAGGGCGCCCAAGCUGAAGACGGUGACCCACGUGUUCAUCCUGAACCUGGCCGUUGCCGACGGGCUCUUCACGCUGGUGCUGCCCGCCAGCAUCGCGGAGCACGUGCUGCAGCACUGGCCCUUCGGGGAGCUGCUCUGCAAGCUGGUGCUGGCCAUCGACCACGGCAACAUCUUCUCCAGCGCCUACUUCCUGGCCGCCAUGAGCCUGGACCGCUACCUGGUGGUGCUGGCCACGGCGCGGUCCCGCCGCGUGCCCUGGCGCACCCUCCGGGGGGCCAAGGUUGCCAGCCUAUGCGUCUGGCUGGGCGUCGCUGUCGCGGUGCUGCCCUUCUUCACCUUCGCCAGCGUCUACAGCAACGAGCUGCAGGUCCUGAGCUGCGGGCUGAGCUUCCCGCAGCCCGAGCGCGCCUGGUUCCAGGCGAGCCGCAUCUACACGCUGGUCCUGGGCUUCGCGGUGCCCAUGUGCACCCUCUGUGUGCUCUACGCGGACCUGCUGCGAAGGCUGCGGGCCCUGCGGCUCCACUCCGGUGCCAAGGCCCUGGGCAAGGCCAGGCGGAAGGUGACCCUCCUGGUCCUGGCCGUGCUGGCCGUGGGCCUGCUCUGCUGGACGCCCUUCCACCUGGCCUCGGUCGUGGCCCUGACCACAGACCUGCCCCAGACGCCCCUCGUCAUCGUCAUCUCCUACGUUGUCACCAGCCUCAGCUACGCCAGCUCCUGCCUCAACCCCUUUCUGUACGCCUUCCUGGACAACGGCUUCCAGAAGAGCCUCCGCACUGCAUGCAGGUGCCCGGGGGCAUGA